AUGGCAGUAGAUGGCCAUGAGGUUGCUGUGACUGUCAAUCUUGCGGACGCGCUGCGUUGUGCCAGAUUACCAGAUAAGCCAGUCGUUACCUGGGCAGAUACUCUGUGCAUCGACCAGGCAAACGAUGAGGAGAGAUCAGUUCAGAUUCAGCUCACGGGCGCCAUAUAUCAGAAUGCAUACAAGGUUCUUGCGUGGUUAGGCGCAAGCGAUCACGAUAGCGACCACGCGAUAGACAUUCUCAAUAAAAUGGCGGCCGCGAUCAAACAAGGACAGGAUCCGCAGGAUGGAGAUGAAAGCUCCAUUGCUGAUGAUGAGACCAGCUGCGAUGAAGAGGAGCUGGGAUGUACUAUGAUGGGAAAUUUGCGGGCCAAGAUCAUUAAUACCGAAGAAGAAAUGGCUUCAAGCGUGGACGGCAUUGUCAAGGACCUGAACAGCCCUCAUUGGCUACAGCAUUUACCGGAACUAUCGACAGAAGACAUGCAAGAGCUCUCUUUCUUUCAAAAUCGUGCGUGGGACGCCAUUACGCAGAUCUUUGACAGGCCCUACUGGAGCCGUGUCUGGAUAUACCAAGAGCUGGUACUCGCCUCAAAUCUCCACUUGCAUUGCGGAGAAAGUUCUAUUAGCUGGCAAGACCUUUGCUUAGCUGCUUUCAUGACCGACCUCAUGCUCAAGAGGGUUGACCACCCACCGCAUUGCUUUUCUCCUUCUCCGUGGUCAAAGCUCACUUCUCGACCCAUGCAUCAAGUUGCGUUCGUACACCAUGACAGGCAGCAGAUGGCAAAGGGUGCUACACCUUCGUUGUACAACCGCAUAGAACUUUGUUGA